AUGGCUUUGAGGAAUCACAGUACCAUCAAUGAGUUUAUCCUUCUGGGGCUAUCUGCUGACCCCAAGGUCCAGGUUCUGCUCUUUGUGCUCUUCCUGGGGAUUUACCUCUUCACUGUGAUGGGAAACCUGAUGCUGCUGCUGGUCAUUAGGACUGAUUCUCACCUCCACACACCCAUGUACUUCUUCUUGAGUCACCUCUCUUUCAUUGAUCUCUGCUUCUCUUCAGUCACUGUACCUAAGAUGUUGGAGAACCUCCUGUCUCAGAAGAAAACCAUCUCUGUAAGUGGCUGCCUGGCUCAGAUAUUCUUUAUAAUUACCACUGGAGGAACUGAAACCUGCUUGCUCUCAGUGAUGGCCUAUGACCGCUAUGCUGCCAUCUGCCACCCGCUGCUCUAUGGCCAGCUGAUGAAUAAACAGUGGUGUGUGCAGCUUGUGUGGGCCUCAUGGGGCCUGGGCUUUCUGGAUGCACUCAUCAAUAUCAUCCUGGCAACGAAAAUGGAUUUCUGUGAUGCUUAUAUGAUCCCGCACUACAGCUGUGAGUUGCCAUCUAUCUUCUCUCUAUCUUGCUCUGAUGUCUCCACCAACCUCAUCGUCAUGCUCUGCUCCAUUAUUCCACAUGGAAUUAUCACUUUCCUUUUGAUUUUUUUCUCCUACAUCUGCAUCAUCUUCACCAUCCUUAGCAUCACUUCUACCUCCAACAGAAGCAAAGCCUUCUCCACCUGCUCCUCCCACCUCACUGCAGUGAUCUUCUUCUAUGGGUCAGCUUUUCUCCGCUAUCUUGUGCCAACAUCAGACUUGCCACUGGGGUUGAUCUUCUCUGUGUUGUACAGCGUGAUCACUCCCAUGCUGAAUCCCCUCAUUUACAGCCUGAAGAACAAGGAGGUAAAAGCAUUUGUGAGAAGAACACUAGAAAAGUACUCACAGAGUUUUCCGUGGCGGAAUAACGAGAAAGAAUAA